AUGAGAAAACCGCUAAAGAACUCGAUCGAUUAUUACAUACUGCCGAAUAAGAUUUUGUGCAGUAUGUACGGAAUGUGGCCCUCCAUUGAAGAAUCAUCAACAAGGAGAACAGUACUCGCAUCUUUUCACUUGGUAUUCUCUCUAAUUAUAGUCUGCUCCAUUUACGUGCCUGAAAUUAUAAUAGUAGCGAAAAACUGGAACGAUCUGAAGGCCUUGACAGGAGCAGGGUGCAUCGUAUUGUCCCUUACACAAUUAGUAUUCAAAACGUUUUAUUUAAUUGCAAAGAGAGAAAAAGCGCAUACAGUGUAUAAUGAAUUAAGAAGUCUCUGGGCCACGACCGACGAUCCUCUAGAAAGGCAAUCUUACGAAAUGUUCGCUGACUGGGCAAGGACUUGUACCAUAGUUUUCUUCGUGUCCUCCAUAUCCACUGCGACCAUGUUCAUGAUCUCAGCGACGUUUGAUUAUAUUAGAGACAUGUACACCAACAAUGGUACCGAGAGCACCCGACAUUUACCGUACGAUGUCUGGAACGGAAUAGACUCCAUAAGAUCACCUGACUUCGAGAUCAUCUUCGCUGGUCAAAUGGCAGCAUCAUUCACAUGCUGUUUCGCAAUUUGCGGCUUGGAUUGCACGUGUAUGACCGCGAUUUUACAUUUAUCCGGUCAAUUUCGAUUAAUAAGCACAUGGUUCAUUAAUAUAGGGAUCAAAAUGGAUUGCAGGCAGAUGGAUUAUUCGCAUAAUUGCCCGUCGAAUUUAGCAACGGAACUGAUCAAAUGCAUACGUCAUCAUCAACGAUUGAUAAACGUGGUUAACGAGGUUAAUGAUUUAUUAACCCCCAUCAUUUUCGUACAGCUCCUCACGAGUGGGUUGGAGAUUUGUCUAAGUGGAUUCGUAGUUAUCAGUAAUGAUGCAGGGGAUGAUAUAUUCAAGUUCAUCUCCUAUUUAUUAUCGAUGACGAUACAGCUUCUACUGUUCUGCUGGCCUGGUGAAAUUUUAAUUCAAGAAAGUCAGGAAAUUGGAUGCAGUUUAUAUUUGAAUGUGCCUUGGUACAAAUUACCACCGAUUUAUAGAAGACAACUUUCUUUAAUAAUUCUUAGGUCGCAAAAGUAUUGCACUAUUUCGGCAUUAACUUUUCAAGCGAUGUCUAUUCAUACUUUAACAGCAGUGCUCAAUACAGCUGCCUCUUACUUUGCUUUGUUACGACAGUUACAAGAACAGUCAAUUUGGCAGUAA